GCGAUUCGGGGAGAAAGAAGAGAAAAACUAAUGAUGCUUGUUGUGGUGUUUGGCCAAGCCUGCAUGACUUUUCUUGGAAGACCAUUGUCUUUUAUUCACAAAGAUGGAAGGGAAAGAUUUUUCGUGGACAUCUCUAUUUUCUCUCACAUAGUAUAUUGUGGUGAUAUGGAGGAUGUGUCCUCAGCCUAUUUCCCUUCUGAAUGAAACAUCUUUCAUGUACAAUGUCUUCUAUGUUCAGAGUGCUGAAUAUAAUCAAUAUUCUGGACUCAGCCAAUAUGAGGUUCCUGGUCUUGGCCUUUCUCCUGGUUCUCAUGGUUUCCAUGAUAAGUGCUGAUUCUUCUGAGGAGAAACGAUUCAAGAGAAGAGAAAAAUUCCUUCGGAAAUUUCAGAAAUAUCCAUAUGGAUCAAACCCAGGAUUCUUACCAUACCAAGGAUUUAACCCAUAUCUAAAUCCAAAUCCAUAUCCAUAUCGUAACCCUGUGGAAUAUCCUUAACUUGUUGCUUGGUAACCAUAGGACUUGAUUAA